AUGACCGCGACACGGCCACGGAGCGAGGCGGUAACGCGGAGGGAACACCCACGGGCAGGCGAGCGAGGGGGGGGCCGCGGCCCAGCCCCACACGGCCUUCUCGACUCCCGCCUCACCCCAACGCGAGUAGAGCUCCCUGGGGCCCACCACCAGGCUCAGCCCCACAGCACGCACGAGGCUACGGCCGAAGGGCCCGACCCGCGCCCGGACGCCCGACCCCCGCCCGGGCCGCCACUCACCUCAGCGCCACGGCCGAGCAAACCGCCGCCCGCCCCGGCCGCCGAAUUCAAACACAAGCGGCCCGCCCUGCCCGCCUCCUCAUUGGCCGCCGCCGCCGUGACGUCAGCAGUGCGACGGCGCCGACUGAAAUACGGAAAACAUGGCAACUGGAGUGCUACUACUAAGAGCAAAUGUCUCACUGUGUUUGGCAAAAUGGAGGGGAACAAUUUGAAAGUAAAGUCACUGUUCUGGUUGAUCAACUCCAAAAUGUUCUCUCAGUGUCUGUGCCAAGUUUACAAAUGUUUGUUUCUGCACAACUUAAAACUGCAUUCGAAAAAUGUGGCUACUUUGGCCAGAUGGAUCCAUUCUUCAGCAAAAAAGCUUUCUGACUGUGAGUUAAAGGAACAAACUGUCCAGAAACAUGAAACUGAAGAGUUGCCUCAAAGUACAGAAAACAAUAAUUUUGGAAGAUUGCACAUACCAGUGAUGCUGGAGGAGGUUGUUAAUUGUUUAUGCCCCCAGCCAGGCCAGCGUUUCCUUGAUAUGACGUUUGGAGCCGGAGGUCAUGCUACAGCUCUGCUAGAGAAAGCCAACGACAUUACAAUAUAUGCACUAGACAGGGACCCCACCGCUUAUAAAAUAGCUCAGCAGCUUUCAGAAUCAUACCCCACUCCCUUCCCAAAAACCACCAGGAAACAGAUUCGAGCUCUUCUAGGACAGUUUAGCCAGUCAGAGGCUUUGUUAAUCUCCUCUGGAGUUGAGCCAGGUUCUCUAGAUGGAGUUCUCUUGGAUGCUGGCUGUUCUUCUAUGCAACUUGAUACACCUGAAAGAGGUUUUUCCCUGCAGAAGGAUGGACCUUUGGACAUGAGGAUGGAUAGUGACAGGUACCCUGACAUGCCCACUGCUGCUGAUGUUGUGAAUGCUUUAGAUCAACAGGCGCUUGCGUCCAUUCUGAGAACAUACGGGGAGGAGAGGCACGCCAAGAAAAUCGCUUCAGCCAUCGUUCAGGCACGCAGCAUAUACCCCAUCACCAGAACUCAGCAGCUUGCAAGCAUUGUUGCAGGUGCUUUUCCAGCAUCAGCAUUGUAUGCACGAAAAGACUUGCUUCGGAGACCUACGCAUGUUGCUACCAAAACUUUCCAAGGCCUGCGAAUAUUUGUAAAUGAUGAGCUCCAUGAACUCUUUAUAGGGCUGAAGACAGCUGAGAAAUUUCUAAAACCUGGAGGUCGCCUUGUAGCCCUCUCCUUUCAUUCACUAGAAGAUCGUAUUAUCAAACGUUUUCUUCAUGGAAUAGACAUGGCAGAAAAGUACAAUCUUGGCACAAGGCAGAAGAUAAGACAGGCUCUGAAAAAUUGCUCCAAAGAAGGUACGCAAGAAUUUCCCCAUGGAAAAUCCAACUCCAAGUGGAUUUUUAUACAGAAGAAGGUUCUCACACCCCAGGCCAAGGAUAUUCAAACAAACCCAAGAGGAAGGUCGGCCAAGCUAAGAGCUGCUAUUAAACUCUAAAGCAAAAUAUGUGAUUGUAUAAUUUUAUAAUUUCCUUAAAUUUUGUUUUCCAGAAGGCUAACUGGACACAUAAUAUCAAACUGAAAGAAAUAAAAUGAAGGUUGUUAGAAAACA